AUGGAACAGGAAAACAACGUUCAGAAACUGCACGAUUCAGAACUUUCCCCUCAACGAACACCUGACAGACAAUCGCGACACAGCCUACAUCUCGACGUUUCGGGCUCAUCUGGGACUGCCUUUUUGAAGGCGCUGGAUGUCAAGGCUGAAGUUGCUCCCAUCAGCGCAGGCGGCUUGAAGAGGAACGAUGCUAUGAUGAACCUUGACCAGCCAUAUCAAGGGAGUCCGGUACCUAAGAGACGGAGUAUGCACGGCGCCUCGAAUCCAGAGCCUACCAGUGAGCGAAGCAUAUUUGAGGGCUGCAGCAGCCCAGCCGCAAAUACGGCUGGUUUCACAAUUCACGAGGACAGCAACGCUGGAACUCCGGAAGACCCAACCAAUUCAAACCACAUGGGUCGGCCAGAGGCGCAGGCGGCUCCGCCGACACCUUCUCCAGGCUUGUCGAAGCGAGCGUCGUCAACGCGCAAGUCAUCGAUAUUGCCACGGUAUGGCGAGAAGACCUCGUGGGGAAAGCGUUUUGGCCAGCGCCAUUUGGCCCAGCUAGAAAAUGAAGCUGUGUCGACGCCUCCCCGAACCCGUACGCCAAUCUUCACCGCGAAUUUUGAACCACCUACUGUUGGACCCUUAUUCGGCUCGACAACUCCCAUCGGAAACCCACCGACUCAGUCCACCAGUAUAUUCCAAUUUGCUGAGAACAAGAACGCGGCUGGUCAUCAUCCAUUGGCUCAGAGCACGACACUCAGUGCUUCAUCAUCGGGCAACAGCUUCACAGAAGAGACGUCUUCUGCCAUGCCCGCGCCACCAGUGUUCAACAGGGCCCCGCUGCACCCGUUCUCGCAAUCAUUGCCUCUGGGCGCCGAGCGGCCUUCUAACGGUUACUCGACCAUCCAACAAUCAACUCCCGCGCCAGGUAGCCUUUUAUAUCAGGGUGCCUUUGGCUCAACGGGCAUGGUGUCGAAGUUCAACCGCAAUCCGGAGCAAGUGGAAAAGAAAAUUGUCCCACCAGACACGCCGUGUAAGCCUUGGAGGAAGCCUUCCGAGCGCUUUUAUACUUAUCCCUCGGCCUCCACUCCUUGCUCCAACAGGAAGACGAAGUCCAACAAUCGGAACUCGUUCUCCGGAAUAUCGUCUCUCACCUUUCAACCGCCAGCGGAUGCUUCUCAGCCCCGGGAUGAUAAGACAGACCAAGAACCGUCAAACUUUGGUCGUCGUUCCAUCUUCUCGCGCACGAUCCGACACGCUGAUGUCGACGGCGACGUGAAGCUUUCCGACGACAGCGAUUACGAGACUGCGGCGCUGUUCGGCACCCCAACCAAGAAUGGGUUGACCACAAGCUUCAGCAAUCUCAGCAACCUCAGCGAACUGAGCGAGAACUGCAGUGAUGAUUCACUGGAUAGCCCGUCUGCCAACCGCAGAAGCAAUGGUCCUCGCGACCCUCUGAGCUCGGCGAUGCGUCCUAGUCCGCUUCGCCAAGCCGACUGUAAGUUUAUUUCGCGGCUUCCCCGAUACUGCAAGAACAGCUCUCUGGAGCAGCUUGCGAACUACACAGAUUCUCUCCCUUCAUUUGGUCGAAAUCGAGCUCUGCGAGUGUCCAACCCCCCUUCAACCUUGUUUGCUUCUCAGAAGGUGUUUGCUAAGAUUUCCGGAGUUGGUACGGCCAGUCCGCUUGCGGACAGUCUGACACCACGUACGCCACAGGAAUUAUUUCUCCCCGAGAAUACCAGCCAGCUCUCCAUAUCGAACAACAAGCUCUCCCCAGCUACACCUAGGUCCCAGCGUGAAUUUCGCUCCUCCACCGCCACCUUCUCCACACCAGUCCAUGAUGAUUUCCGCGCCUCUACUAUGGCUCUGGAGCCUGUGCUACAAAGCCGAUUCGAUAAAGUUGAGCAUCUUUCUGAGGAAGGCGAGUUCUCCAUCAUCUUCAAGGUCACGGAGAAAUCAGAGCCACUGGACUUUUCUCUUUCGCGCCGUCAAAGCCCGUCAUCUCUGAAAGAGCAGAUCUUCGUAGUCAAGAAGACGAAGCAACCAUAUCAUGGCCGCCGCGACCGGGAAAGAAAACUUCGCGAGGCGACUAUUCUUCGAGCCCUGCGGGACAAUGACCACAUCGUGCAGUACGUGGCUGACUGGGAGGUGAAUGAUCACCUCUAUAUCCAGACUGAGUUUUGCGAGAACGGCAGUCUGAAGAACUUUCUCGACCUCAACGGGGACAAGGGCCGAGUGGAUGAUUUCUGCAUUUUCAAAAUUCUCCUGGAUCUGACCAUGGGCUUGAGGGAGAUUCACGCCGCAGGUUUCAUGCACCUUGAUAUGAAGCCUGCCAACGUCUUCAUCACAUUCGAAGGCGACGUCAAAAUCGGCGAUUUUGGACUAGCCCGUGAACUUACGGACUGUUCACCUCUGGACAUGGAAGGUGAUCGUGAGUACAUGGCUCCAGAGAUGCUACAUGGCGAAUUCAGCCCGUCGUCCGACAUUUUCUCUCUUGGGUUGAUGAUGGUCGAGUCGAUCACCAAUUGCUACGUACCUGGCAAUGGCGAAGUGUGGCACAGACUUCGCAACGAUGACCUGUCUUUCGUGCCGAGCCUGGCGUGGUCUGUUUCCUGCGAGACCAAUCCGGAACGGUCGAGCCACUACAGUACAGGAACCGCCUCGGACAGUGUCUACAAUGCGGGUGAUCUAUUCGGAUCGCACAAGCGGUCUGAGCUGCUUGAGCCUCCUACCUUCAUGGCAGAUCCUGACCACCCUGAGUCGCUGCGAGCCCUCGUCGAGUGGAUGAUCUCCAGCCAAAGCCAUCGUCGGCCGACACCUGACCAGCUCCUUAAUGUGGGAAGCUUGCAGUGGGUAGCGCAAAGACGCAAAGCGCCAGCAACGGUCUUCGAGGGCCGAUGGGGCCCAAUGGACUUGGGCAGGAAUGCGGAAAUCGAAAUUGUCGACACAGAGAUGACUGGUGUUUGA